AUGGCAGGCACAUGCUCAAUGCUGUGCAUGAUUAUCAUCACAAUCUUCAUUCCCCCUCUUGGCGUCUUCCUCAUCUCAGGCUGCGGAGUUGAUUUCUGGAUCAAUGUCCUCCUCACUAUUCUCGGGUACUUCCCCGGUCACAUCCACGCCUUCUACUUGGAAUAUGUCUACUACGAUCGCCGCAACCGCGAUCCUCUAACUCGAGCAUCCCAACGACCCGCACCCGGUGUCUACUCUGAUCGCAUUCAAAACGGAGGUCACCACCACACACACGCAGACAGGAAUUAUGGCACUGUGUGA